CACGGAUUGCCCACUGUGCCGCCUGCCACGGCCACUGCAACUGCCAUUGCCACUUCCGUGACUGCGAUCGCACCUGCCUUCCCUCCACUCCAACUACAUCAUUCCCUCAUCCCACCAUCAACCUCAUUUGCCUCGUCACACAAUCCUCCUCAACUGUCGCACGCUCUCUUCGCACAAAGAGGCUCGUCGCCCAGGAAGUCAAAGAUUCCCUGGAGCCAGAAGAAUGCAUCUAGAGUCACCACGAUGGCAGAUAGCGCAGAGGUGACCCGGCCCCAGACCACCUCAUAUCCUACUUCUCAUCCCACCCACGCUACCACACCUGAUCCCACCCUCGAUUCAACCCCGCCAAAACAAAAUGGCCUCCAUUCUCCUCCAACCCAUCACCACCCAGCCGCUGGGGCAUCCCACUCCCAACAUAGUCACGAGGCCAACUUCAUCCGUCCUUCAGAUUUGUUGCGCCCAAAGAACCUGGCCCGGCACCCUCCCAGACCAGACCGCCCCAUCGAUAGAGACGAGAGGGCAGGCUUGAAAGCCAUAAGAGAUUUCCUUCGUGUGCGCACUUGCUAUGAUGUUCUUCCACUGAGUUUCAGAUUGAUCGAACUCGAUGUUGGAUUGACGGUCAAAGAGAGUUUGAAUAUUCUUGUCCAGUGUGGAAUUGUUUCGGCGCCGUUAUGGGAUUCGAGCACUUCCACCUAUGCUGGCCUCCUCACCGUCAACGAUUACCUCAAUGUGGUUAGGUACUACAAUCUUCAUGCCGACAAGUUGAAAGAUAUAGACAGUCUACAGCUCAGUGACCUCAGAGUCAUCGAAAGAGUUCUUAAUGUGAAACCUCCAGAGACGCUGUCUGUGUCUCCAGAAUGCAUCCUUUACGAGGCACUCCGCAAACAAUUGUCCUCUCGCGCCCGAAGAAUCCCCUUGAUUUCGUAUGAUAGCGAUACACAACGAUCGAUGAUCACCAGUGUUAUCACACAAUAUCGCAUUCUCAAGUUCAUCUCCAUGAACGUCAAGGAAACAGAAAUGUUGAGAAAGUCUCUCGAUACCAUCAAACUCGGCACGUACGGUAAUAUCGUGCGUUGUAGCAUGGAUACAACGGUUCUCGAUGUGGUUGACGAAAUGGUCACCAAGAAUAUAUCAAGUGUCCCGGUUGUUACCACCGAAGGCAUCUUGUUGAACGUUUUCGAAGCGGUAGAUGUGAUCAACCUUCUCAAAACUGGCGAUUAUGGUAAUCUCACUUGGACUGUGGGCAAGGCCCUGGCCGAGAGAUCACCAAAUCAUCCUGGAAUCUAUUGUUGCUCACUAGAGGAUGGAUUGGAUACAUUAUUUGAAACUAUCCGAAAAUCUCGAGUGCACAGAUUAAUGAUCGUCGACGAGAACAACUACCUAAAAGGCGUCCUGUCACUGAGUGACAUUUUGCACUAUCUCCUGGUCGAGGGUCAGGAAGAAGGAAACCAUGCGCAAUAGAGAGUCAUUAAGAGGAAGGCAAUUGCAUAGCCUGGCGUUUCGGGGUUCGGUGCCAUGACAAGAAUCAGCUGGGUGGUUAUCUGCUGUGCAUCUUGCAACUGGUCCUGCCUUGGGAGGCUCUCUAAUGCAGUAUGUAGCCAAACAGGGAGCAAAGGACGCUCGAGAGCAAGGUUCAAUAAUAGAAAUGUUUUCCGAGUCAAGGCCGCUGUGAUUCGCUAUUGAACUUAAAUGUGAUGAUGUUUUC